CCGACUACAAGCACUACCAGACGUUGCCAAGAGUAGUCUGAGGCGCUGACAGGAUGUUAUCACACACACACGUUCCUUCAGUGUGACGGUAGUAUGUCUCGUAGCAGUGGACACCACUGUGGGUACUAUACGAGAUUAUUACUCUUCCUCUAAGCGCCCGACAUGGCCUUACGGACUACAUAUAUGAGUUGCUUGCGGGACUACUUGCUCUCAUCAUCAAACAUCAUUUGGCUCACACUUCAGUUUCUUUGUCUUUCUUUCAACCCUCCUUCUAUUCUAUUCUAUUCGAAGCGCCGGACGCACUCUUUAUCUUAAACCUCAAUCAAAAUGUAUUACAGCUCUCCCAUCUUCGCGCUAGCCGCACUUAUUUCCAUUGCGCAUUCGCAUGGUGUCCUUCUUUCCGCGGUGGGAGACUCUGGUGAGAGUCAAGGCUUUUUAGUUAAUCCUGAACUUGCGCGUAACUGUACCACCAUUUCGCCCUGCCAGCAAGACUCAACCAUCAUCCGCGAUUCUGAAAUCAAACAAAACAUUGUCAACGCGUGCGGACGUACCGAAAUCGCCGGCAACAUCGACAUUGGAGAGCAGACAGAGAACGAACUAGCCGUGAAACGAGUUACCAAGGUUUCUGGAGGCAGUGUCCUGGCCGUGACUAUCCACCAGGUCAACGCGGACGGCGCGGGCCCCUAUGAGUGCGAUAUGGACGAGACCAGCAACGCAACAACAGAUUUCACCCCGUUAACUGUAUCCAACAACAUCCCAGGCGCCAACGGCCUCUCCCAAGCGAAAGAACAAGACUUUGUCAUCAACGUGCAGAUGCCAGACAAAUUUAACUGCAUUGGUGCCUCCACGGGCAACAUCUGUACCGUGCGAUGCCGCAACGCCGCUGUUGCAGGGCCGUUUGGAGGAUGUUUUGCGGUCCAACAGACUGAUGGGCAGGGAAGAAAAGCCGGUGCUUCCGGUGUCAAUACAGCACAGACACUUAAAGGUAUUCAAGCGCAGAUCCUGCAGAACCAAAAAGAUCUUGAUGCUGCUAUUGCGGCGAACCAAGCGGCUGGGGCAGCGGGAGGAAAUGAGGGCGCGAGUGCUAUUUCUGCACUUGCUACUGCGACUGCUACGGCGGCAACGACUUCGAAUGCUGCGGCCACUGCUUCAGCCUCUGCUACGGCGGGUGCUGGGAAGGGCAACGGCAGGGGCAAGGGCAACGGAAAUCAGAACCAGAACGGCCAAGCCGCUGGCCAGAACGGUAACACCAACGCCGGUCAGGGGGGCAACGGGAACAGAGUCGGAAACGGAAAUGCAGCCAACAACCAGCAGGGUAACGCUAAUGCCAAUACCGGUGCGCAGAACGGUAUUGGGAACACCGGUAAUGGAAUUGGCGGCGGCCGUGGCAACGGCAUUGGCAAUGGCAACGGACGAAAUCAGAAUAAGAAGAGGGGUGCGAGGUUUAUGUCCAAGAUUUGGUAGGCUUGGCUUGGUCUUGGGAUGUGAGGAUGGAGUGUCGAGCUUUUGGUAAACACUCCUUCUCUUUCUCAACUUGAGCAUAGGAUGAAGGAGCUCGUUUUGAUUUUGUCCUCGUGUAGAUAUACAUAAGACGUACUUCGCAGCUGGUGAGAGCUACUGCAAUAUACUAGGGUCCUUGAACGAUACUUUCGUAUAUUGCUGUAGCUUUGUUUAUAGUUGAAAAUUGUAGAGAUAGUGGUUAUACUCCUUGGUAC